AUGAGUCCAAAGGCCGGUAGAGGCACGGUUGAUAGUCAUAUCAAUAAUUUGCUGUUUUAUCUCCAUGGUGGUCUCACAGGGUCUCUGCUCACCCUUUCGUGCCUUUCCCACCGGGUUGUGUGCCAAGUGAUCAGCAAUGCUGACCCUGUCUGGGACAAUGGGACUUCGGAUAACUCCUGGGUAACUCAGCUGGAAACCAGUUAUGGAUUCUACAUUGGCCUGGGUUUGGCUGUCUUCUCCAGCUUCCUCAUCGGAAGCAGCGUCAUCCUCAAGAAGAAGGGGCUGCUACGGCUGGUGGAGAAGGGAGGCACCAGGGCAGGAGAUGGAGGCCACGGCUACCUAAAGGACUGGCUCUGGUGGGCUGGCUUGUUAACCAUGGGUGGAGGGGAAGCUGCCAACUUUGCUGCAUAUGCCUUCGCUCCUGCAACGAUUGUUACGCCUCUGGGGGCUCUGAGCGUUCUCAUAAGUGCCAUCCUGUCUUCAUAUUUGCUUGGAGAACGGCUCAACCUGUUGGGAAAGCUGGGCUGUAUGCUGAGCCUUGUGGGCAGCACCGUGAUGGUGAUACAUGCCCCAGAGGACGAGGAGGUCACCACUCUGGAUGAAAUGUCUUCUAAGCUGAAAGAACCAGGUUUCCUUGCUUAUGCUGCGAUCCUCUUGGCUGUCUGCUUCCUCCUGAUCUUCUACUUCGCACCCCGCUAUGGCCAGAGCAACAUCCUCAUCUACCUCACCAUCUGCUCUGUUAUUGGUGCCUUCUCCGUGUCCUCAGUCAAGGGCCUGGGUAUUGCCAUCAAGGGCUUCUUUGCUGGCCAGCCUGUGCUUCAGCACCCACUGACGUGGAUCCUAGUCAUCACGCUGGUGGCGUCCAUCACUACACAAAUUAACUACCUCAAUAAGUCUCUAGACAUUUUCAACACAUCUUUGGUGUUUCCCAUCUACUAUGUGCUGUUCACUACCAUCGUCAUCACAACUUCAGUUAUCCUCUUUAAGGAGUGGGUCACCAUGACUGUAGUUGACAUCAUUGGGACAGUUUGUGGCUUCCUCACCAUCAUUUUGGGAGUGUUUUUACUCCAUGCCUUCAAAGACAUGGAUGUCAGUUUAGGGAAUCUACCACAGGUUCUCCAGAGUGGACAGCAAGAGCCAGUCACCCGAGACGACAAGAACAUCCUGAUAGAGGUGGACAACUCCAGCAUCGCCCCAGAGGAUAAACCCAAAGUAUUCAUGAUCUACACCUAG